CAGAGAGCAUCCUGGAGCCAGGGCUUUGCAGAACGGAAUCAAAUUACAAGGGUAACUAUGAUGGGUCUAAAUUCCGAAGAACAGAAACUGGAAGUAGAUCUUAAAAGUAAAUCUGAUCGUGUCCGAAGGAACUUAUUUGGUCCCGUUGAUCACGAGCAGCUGCAGCAGGAUUUUCAGCAUUUACUGCGGGCAAAUAUUGAAGCUGCCGGACAAAGGUGGAAUUAUGACUUCGGUAAGGACAUUCCAGUAGAAGGAACCCUUGAAUGGGAAGAACUGAAAUGUCAAGACGUCCCAGCCUUUUACAGGAGCCGCGUUGUCAACAAAGCCAAGCACUUGUGCGGACUGCAGGAAGCUUGCGUAAAGAGCGACUCCGAUCAGCCAGCGCCUCCCAGCAAGGAAAUGAAAACCCAGGUGACUCCUGAGUCCAAAAGGCGGCGGCAGACCUGCAUAACAGAUUACUAUCCCGCAAAGAAGAGAUGCACACAUCGCCUCUGUCACAGCAGAAGGAAGUAACAUUCCAGGAGAGAAAAUGGAGUGAUUACAAAAGAACUGAACAUAAUCAGAUGAUUCCUAAAGAAACUGUAGCGAAAGAUUUCUUAUUAAACUACAAAUUAGUUUCAACUAGCAUGUUGAUACUCGCAUCAUUGGAAGCCAUAAUAAGUAGGAUUUUCUUCAACUGGAUUGCUUUUGUAUGCUACAAAGUAAGGUUAAAAUUCAUUGUGUUUCUGGACAAGGUCAAAUUCUGACUUCUUGUCAGUCUUUUUGGUAAAGAAGUGAUUUCUAUCUCUUCCACAUCAUAAAGACUUUGUGCACAAAAUAUAUUUCACUAGUGGUUUGUUCAUUGCAAAUGUCUGCAAGUAGUCUGGAUUUUAUUUGUUUUUUAUUUUAAAACUACCCUCUUUUGUAAUACUUUGAUUUAGUCUCUAAUAGCAAGCCUUGAAUACUCUGAUUUAGUCUCUGCCUUUACAUAAGGAAAGCAUGCUACAUCAUACAACGGUGGUACAUUGAAAGGGUAUGAUGCUGAGACCAUUGGUAAUAUGUUUUAGAGCAUUAGCCAAAGAAGCAUAUUCUGCAGUACUAUCACAUUGACAUGAAAACAAAACAAGCCCCACAUAAUCUUGAAGCCUGCUUGAUUUUGCUGAACAAGGAUACAGACCGUAUACAAAGUUGAAUAGAUCAGAAAUCCUGGAAGAAUUUAGUAAUAGAAGUUUGGUAUUCCCUGAAGCAUGUAAGCUAACUGCCAGGCCAACCCUUCCACUGCCUCUAUCCUCCAGGGUUGGAGUCCAGCUCUUUUACGGAGACUUUUUUCAAGGCUUGCUAUUAGUUCAAUAUUGCUACUUUUUCUGCCUCACUCUGAUAAAAUCACUACAGCUGCAGAGAGGAGUGGGAUAUUUUUGAGAAAGUGUGAACAUUCUAAUAUACUAAAUGUCAACGAGACACAUACAGAAAUAGGAAUCAUCCAUCUUUGCAGGGGCUUGGCCAACUUUUUAUUCUGGAACUCCUAUCACCUUGCUCAGCAGAAUAGACCACGAACAUUCUCAUCUCCCACGUAAAGCAAUGGCUAAUUAUAUCUAAGAUGACUAAUUUGCGCAGAAAAGUGUGGAGCUUCAUGAGAGGAAACACCAUGUUAGAAGUUAUAAGUAUCAAAACCACUUUUAAAAUAUAAUGAUGGAAUUAAGCAGCACAGAAAUAGGCCAUCCGGUCCACUGAUAGACAGUGAUAAUCAAAAUUUCAUUUUUACACUAAUCCUACUUUUCUUCAAUCUUCCCCCCCCCCCGCCCCAUGUUCCACCAUUAAUCAACAUGGAGAGAACAUACAAAUUCCACGUAUAGAAACAGAGUUCAAUAUGGUGCAUGUGAGCUUGAUUUCAAUGUUUAAGAGAAGUUUGGAUAGGUACAUGGAUAGUAGAGGUGUGAUGGCAAUGGUCCCAGUGCAGGUCAAUGGGACUAGGCAGCUUAAAUGCUUCAGCAUGGACUAGGUGAGCCAAAGAGCCUAUUUCUCUGCUGUAUAACUCUAUGAACUUGGGUUGCUGGAGCUACAAUGGAGCAGCUCUACUAUACUUUCUAAUUCCAGAUUAGUCUUACCCUGUGAACUUCUAAAUCCACUUUUGUAAGAAUCCAAUUUGUUCUCAAGGUUGUGUAGCAUGUACAGGUUUAGUUUACACAUUUCCUGAGGGACAUUCAACAUAAAAAGUUUGUUCCGCAUAACUGAAACCGAAAUGUAAAACACCUUAAUUUCCCUUUCCAUCUGGUUUGCAGCAAUAAUAGCAGCUAAUCUUACCUAGAGAGUACCCUUGUUAACCAUGAUUUCACUUCCUCCUCUAAAAUCUUCCAACCCUUGCAUCCUGUAAUGGAAAGAUCUAUGACCUGAUACUUUAAACACCUCAUUUUGCUUCUCAUUUUGGACAAUUAAAGCAGAAUUAAGUCAAUGCUUACCUGACUACAAUGAAAUGCAAAAGACCUGGUUUUUUCCCAAUACCAAUGUAUUGGCAAAGGUACACAUUUUUCUGCCAUCCAUCCAGACUCAAAAUAUCAUUUUGAUCAGUGAAGUUUAAGUUGUCACAUUAUGUUUCAAUCCAUGUUCAGUUAUUAGAUCAUAUACCAGAACAGAGUAAAAGCAACAAAAUAAUAUGACAAUAGUGUGAAAUAUUUUGAUAGCUGAUAUCAGAAGAUCUAAGAGACUCUAUUCUUAAUAAAGGGUUAUCAGUACCACUGGGAUUAGUGAGUAGGUUUCAUAGGAAAAGCAGAAUGAUUUAACUAUUAUGAGAACUGCUUAGUGUAGAACGUGGUCCCAGAACCUGGAGAACGCUCUGGUUUGAUUCAUGAUCUGUGCUGGUGGCACCUCAAAACUUAAGAGAACUCAAACCUUCCCUUUAAUAUGCACCCACUUCAUGAAGGCUCUUUAAUACCUCAUUGAAGUGACCAUUUAUUUCCCAUUUAUGAGCCUAAAUGAGCAUUAUCAGGCUAUUCAAGGAUUUCUGUUGACAACUGAACCUAUCCUUUCCCUCAUCCAGUGUCUACUUAUCUGAAUUCCAACAGGUUUAAAAGAUAGUUGGACAGAUACAAGAGCAGGAAAGGUUUAGAAGGGUAUGAUCCAAUUGCUAACAAAUAGGACUAGUUUCGAUGGGCAUCUUGGUCAGCAUCGACCAUCUGAGCCGAUGAGCCUGCUUCUGUGCUACGGUCUAUGACUCGUCACUGGAAUAAGAACCUUCAAUUUUUUUAAAAUUAUUUCUACUUGCGAGUAAGUAGUUCAUCAUUAUUUUUGUUGAGGGGCUGAUUUUAGAGCUAUUGUGAUCUUGUGCUCAAUAUGUUUUGGCUCAAUAUAUACCCACUGAACUGCUAUGAGAUUUAAAAAAUUUGUAUGUGUUAUAUUUCAUUCCAUUAUUAAGACUAAAAAGAAGCCUUAAUGUUUAUAUAUAGACAGACUGACAGUGCGGGUAUGUAGAAACAUCAAUGGCCUGUUGGAGCUUAACAGCAAUUAAACAGAAAAUGCUGGACUCUUUGUAAAUAUUGAAUAAAUACAUU